UCAAGCCCAGUUGCGAUCGCCAUCAUGCAAAGCGUUGACUACACGGUAGAAGCACUGGCCAGCAGCCCUAUCAGUCAGCUGGGCGAAGGUCCAAUCUGGGACGAAGGGACGCAAAGUCUGUACUACGUGGACAUCCACGAAGGAUCGAUUCACCGGUAUGAUUAUCAGCAGGGGAAAACGUUCAGCGCUACCAUUGACCAUCUUCCACCACCAAUUUCCUUCGUCUUCCUGGUUGAAGGACGUCCCGAUCAAUUCGUUCUGGGAACUGGAGAUUCCCUUUCGUUGAUCAGCUGGGAUGGUCGUUCGGCAAAGGGCACGUUCGUGCAGAAAGUCGCCGCCCUGGGUCAACGUUCCGUGCGGUUUAACGACGGCAAAGUUGACCAGCGGGGUCGCCUGUACACGGGAACAAUGCUGCGCGAAGAACUUGGCGACGUGUUCCGGCAAGCCAAGGGUACGCUGUACCGGUUUGAGGGCCGGAUCGGUGGAUCGUUUUACGAGCAGAAGCAUGGCAUCGCCAUUUCCAACGGAAUCACGUGGGAUGCGUCCGGGGGGAAGUUUUACUAUGUUGAUUCCAGCGCCCUGGACGUGAAGGAGUUCAACGUGGACGGGGAGGGAAAUUUGGCUGAUGAGCGGGUGUUGAUCGAUUUUAGCGUUCAAGGUGGACGCAAUCCUGGAUACGUUGGGGACGGGAUGACCAGCGAUUUGGAUGGGAAUCUGUACGUGGCUUGCUGGUGUGGAUCGCGCGUUUUGAAGAUCGACGUGCGAGCUGCGAGAAUUGUGAAGGAAAUUUGGCUUCCGGUGCCGCAAAUCACUUCGGUAGCGUUUGGAGGACCUCAGCUAGACGAACUGUUUGUAACGACUGCUGCGACGAACAUGUACAGCAGUUCCAAGAUCGAGGGACUUGAUCAUAAGCAGCCUCCGGGAUCGGGUGCGCUAUUCAGAGUGACUGGUUUGGGUGUUAAAGGUAGAGGAUCACCCAAAUUUGUACUGAAAACACCGCGCAUGAACUCGCUGAACCUGUAUGCAAGCCACCACCACAACACGGCCAAGGAGUCGCGCGUUCUUCUCUUUGGAGCUGAAACAGUGGAAGUCACGAAAAAAACGACGAUGCUGAUAUUAGUCGUAUCGUGUCUGCUGGCCGUGGCGGUGAAUUUAAGUAUGGCUGAUCUUAAAGUCGAACAGCUUCCUGGCCCUCUGGCCGUGCUCGGCGAGGGUCCCACGUGGGACGCGGACACCCAGAGCCUGUACUACGUUGACAUCAUGGGUUCCGCUAUCCUGCGGUACGAUCGUGCGGAGAACAAAACCUAUCGUGCUACAAUCGACGGCCUCUCGGACAUCUCCAUGAUCAUUCAAGUCCGCAACAAGUCGGACCAGUUUGUGCUGGGAACGCGAAACACCCUGUCGCUGGUCAGCUGGGACGGCCGUACGGAGAAGGCCAGCUUUGUGAAAACCGCCGGUGAUCUGGGCGAGUCGCAGAAGCACGUGCGCUUCAACGAUGGCAAGGUCGACCCGCAGGGCCGUCUGUACGCCGGAACGAUGCGUUUGGAGACGCUCGGAGAUAUCUUUGACCAGAAGGAGGGCAAGUUCUACCGCUUCGAGGGCAAAGUUGGGGGAGAAUUUUACGAGCAGAAGCGCGACAUUAGCGUUUCGAACGGUCUCACGUGGGACGAGCAGACGGGCAAGUUUUACUACAUCGAUUCGGCCGCUCUGGACGUGAAGCAGUUCGAUGUGGACGAGGGCGGUAAUCUGCAGAAUGAAACCGUACUGUAUGACAUCCGGGUUGACGGCAAGAACCCGGGAUUCGUGUGCGACGGAAUGACGAGCGACGCCGAGGGGAAUCUGUACGUGGCCACGUGGGGAGGCUCGAAACUGUUGAAGAUCAAUCCAAAAACGAAGCAGCUCGUCCAGGAAAUCCCGAUUCCGGCGAAACAGGUGACAUCGGCCUCGUUUGGCGGGCCGCAACUGGACGAACUUUACGUGACCACGGCGCACACCAACAACCAGGACGCACCGGCCGGAGCGCUGUUCAAAGUGACCGGACUGGGCGUUAAGGGCAAAGAAAUGUACAAAAUGGUGCUGAAGGAUUGAAAAACUCAAUUAUUUUUUAAAAUUGCACAUUUUUGGUAUAAUUUACUGGGAUAUUUAAUAAAGUUCUUUGUAUCAAUAUUUGA